CAAAUUCCGAUAUUUAUGUUUCAGACGCUGUUGACUGAGUGCGUGGGCCCUCGCAUGGAGGAAAUCGGCAUGGUAACUGCCACGGCGUCUGCAGGCAACCCCUCUUACGUCUGCAAAAUGUUUCGCAUUGUAGAAGAGGGCUUGUCCUAUCGCUUCCAUGCUUCCUGGCCAUUUGUUUUGCAAAUACUUGGUUGCUUUUACAAGGUUGCAGGCAGACAGGCACACCCCGUCAUGACCAAGUCCCUACAGUCUCUUGCCGACCUUCGUGCUACUCCUCGAUUCCCCUUCAGUGGUGAGCUGGAUCUGGCAGUAGGGGGCGCUGUGGAGAGCAUGGGUCCAGAGGUUGUUUUGGGUGUGGUGCCUCUCAACAUUACGGGUUAUGACGACGACCUGGAGUUCCCCCGCAGUUGGCUGAUCCCUGUCAUUCGUGAUCACGUCAAGAACACUCAGCUGGGCUUUUUCAUCUCCUACUUCCUUCCUCUGGCCUCCACGCUCAAACAGAGAGCCGAAGAGUUUGAACAAGCGGGUCAAAAACUAGAAGCCAAAGUCUAUCAGACUUUACAGCUUCAGAUAUGGACCAUGUUACCUGGUUUUUGCACAUGUCCCGUGGACCUGGUGGUGUCCUUCAAAGGCAUCGCCCGCUCACUCGGCAUGGCCGUCAAUGAGCGGCCCGACCUGAGGCUCACAGUGUGCCAGGCCCUGCGCACCAUUAUCAAUAAGAGUUGCAAUACGGAGGACGAAAAGGCUGAAAUGUGUCGCUUCUCCAAGAACUUCCUGCCCAUCCUCUUCAACGUGUACAGCUUGCAGCCUGCAAACGGUGAGUCCGGAGCCUACAGGAUGGCCGUCUUGGACACCAUCAAAGUCUACUUGACUGUUACUGACCCACAGAUGGUCUCCACGUUCUUGGAAAAAGCCAUAGAGAGGUUGACUAGCGCAGAAACCACAGAGUUCACACGGCUGUCCAUGAUGGACCUUGUGGUUGCCAUGACUCCCUUCUUGAAUCAGCUCACCAUGACGAAAACCUUUCAGCUCAUCAGACCACAUCUGGAGACUAAAGAACCGAUGAUGCAGAAGAAGGCGUACCGCGUGCUGGAGGAGAUGUGCGCCGGAGAGCGAGACGAGUGCAGGGCGUUCGUCGUGGGCAAUCUUGAGACGCUUAAAGCGGUCCUGCUGAAGACUCUGAUACACGCCUCUUCACCAGCAAAAAGGCCGCGACUGAAGUGUCUGAUCCACAUUGUGAGAAGACUCGGCCAAGAACACAAAGACUUCAUCUCAUCACUGCUGCCUGAGGUGGUCAUAUGUACCAAAGAGGUUUCUGUUGGGGCCCGUAAAAAUGCAUACUCUCUGCUGGUGGAAAUUGGAAAUGCUUUUGUGCGCUUCUGUGGAAACCAUAAAGAGGCCAUGGAGCUGUACCUGCCCUUAGUGUAUGUUGGCCUUACGGGCCCCGUCACCAUGAUCACCUGCUCAGUGAUGGCCCUCACGCGACUGCUGUAUGAGUACAAAGACGACAUAGACGUGUCUGCCAUGGAGGAGCUGCUGCACAAGGUCUGUAUGCUGCUGAGCUCGCGCACCAGAGAUGUGGUCAAAGCAGCGCUGGGCUUCAUCAAGGUCAUCAUCUUCGUCAUGGAUUCCGAUACGCUGGCAUCGCAUAUCAGUGUCAUGAUGGAAGCCAUCGGUACUAUCAACAAUGAUGUGAGACGACACUUCAGAGCCAAACUCAAGAACGUCUUCACCAAGUUUGUCAGAAAGUUUGGGUUUGAGCUGGUGAAGAGCAUGCUGCCCCCUGAAUACCACAAGGUGCUGGCCAACAUCCGCAAGGCGGAGGCUCGCAGCAAAAGACGCAAGCAGGUGUCGGAGCAACAGGAUGACUCGUACAGUGAAGAAGAGACCCCUAUAAAGAAGAGUGACAGUAUUGAAGACAUCCUGGCGGAUUCAGACAGCGACCUGUCAGAGGAUGAAGGCAAGACUAGAAAGAAGAAAGGUGGGAAGCAGCAGAAGGGGCGAGCCUGGUUGAAAGAGGGCGAGGAGGAUGACCCGCUCAACUUCUUGGAUCCCAAAGUUUCCCAAAGAGUGCUUGCCACCAACCCUGAGCGGAAGAAGAGCUCCAAGGCUGAUCACGGCUUCAAGGUGACGUCAGACGGGCGACUGAUCAUCAAAGAAGAAGACGACGAGGACGUAAAGCAGAAAGACGGUGAGAUAAAGGACAUUCUAGAAGAGGUUGGAGUGAAGAGUAAAAAGAGCCAAAAGAGGAAGCUAGAAGAUGAGCAAUUGGACAACAUGGACGUAGAACCUCAGCUCAAAUACAAAGCUGGUGGUAAAGGUAUCCACAGAGCUGUGGGAGCCAGCAGAGACUCUGGAACAGAGUACAAGUCAAAGAAAGGCAAAGGUGAUGUGAAGAAACAAGGCAAACUGGACCCCUACGCUUAUAUUCCUCUUAGGAAGGAACAACUCAAUCGCAGGAAGCGUGCCAAACUGCAAGGGCAGUUCAAGGACAUGGUGAAAGGAGCCCAGAAGGGGGCGGUGUCAGGUAGAAAAAUGCUAAGGCGCAAAAGAAAGGCUUAAAGGCUUCAGGGAAUGGACUUUUAUGGACUUUAACUAGCGUGUUGAUAAGCACGCUGGUUAAGUUGUGUGCGUGUGUUUGUGUGUGAGUGAAGAGAAAGCCACAACAUGGAACUUUCACCUUUACAGUGUACUUCUUCUCUCAGCCACUAGAGAGCAGUGUAGACUUGUGAACAAUCAACAACAGAAGUCAUGAGUCAAUAAAAGAUCAUUUAGAUACAUUGAAGCUAUGGAAGAAUAGAAUGUAUGUGAAGUAUGUGACUUCAUUAAUAACUCAUGAGUUGUUGGAGGUUUGUGUGCAACCAAAUGAGUCAUGUGACCCAGAAGUCACUCUUGCCUGACCAGUAAAGUCAAGCCUGUUGGAGCAUUCAGUAUUCAGAUGUCAUGCAUUCAUUUUCAUGUUGUGUUACGCAGGUAUGGCCAUCCGAUGGUAGAUUAUUUAUUGAUAAAAUAUGGGAAACGUCAAAAUGUGACAAAAAAUUCUACAUACAGAUAAGAAUAUAUAACAUUGCGGUAGAAAAUGGAUGUAUGGAUGGACUUUUUGUGGUGACACAUUAUCAUUCUAAGAUCCACUUUAUCAGUGUUUCUUAACUGUAGGGCUGAAGCCUGUUGGUGGGCCGAUAAAUCUGUUUCUUAGUUGUAAUACACUUGUUCACCACUUGUGGCAGUAAUGACAAUAUCAAACAAGAAGUCUGAGAAGUCAGAGAAAUUUCUUAAGCACAAAAAUUAUGACUAAAGUGGUAAUGCUGUAUUUUUAUUUGCACUUACAUUUUAUUGACAGUUUAUUUAAGACACUUAUAAUUAUUUAGUU